AUGGAACAAGCUCAACAAACGCUGAAGGAGGUCGCUCAAGCUGGAGACUUUGAGGGCUUGCUGAAGCCGUCAUCUGGGAGGAAGCUAAACCCAGAUGGCUUCAGCGCCUUGCACAUGGCCCUGCAAAAUGGGCAUUCCUACACUGCUGACCGUCUCACAGGGUUUGACAAGGAGCUUCUGCGGGUUAAAGGAAGGAAUGGGUUCACUCCUCUACAUGCAGUAGCUCAACGAGAUGAGAUUGAACUUUUGGCCGAGUUCUUACGUGCUAAUCCCGAGUCCAUCGAGGACUUGACGAUCGGGAUGAGACCGCGGUUCACAUCGCUGUGA